CAGGAAGGAAGGAGAAUGAAGAAUAAUUGUAGCCCAAGAUCAAAUUGGAAAGAAGAAGAUCAUAAGAGAAACAGAGCAAGUAAUGGAAGCCGAAGUGACAGCAUGGAAAGCACAAGCACAAGCGGCGGCGGAGGAGGAGGAGGAGGACACUUGAAACCUCACACGGGUGGGGAUAUUAGAUGGGAUGCCAUUAACAUGGUUUGUAGAGAAUCUGUUGCGGCGAUUGGUCUUAGCCAUUUCAGGCUUCUGAAACGUCUAGGAUAUGGAGAUAUUGGUAGUGUUUAUCUUGUCGAAUUGAGAGGGACCAACACCUUUUUUGCUAUGAAAGUGAUGGAUAGAGCAUCUCUUGUUAGUAGAAAUAAACUUCUUAGAGCUCAAACCGAAAGGGAGAUUCUAGGUCUUCUUGAUCAUCCAUUUCUUCCUACUUUAUACACUUACUUCGAAACUGAAAAAUUCUAUUGCUUGGUCAUGGAGUUUUGCAGUGGCGGUAAUCUUCAUACCCUUCGUCAAAAACAACCCAAUAAAUACUUUUCAGAAGAAGCUGCCAGGUUUUACGCAUCAGAGAUACUAUUGGCACUCGAAUAUCUACACAUGUUAGGCGUUGUCUACAGAGAUCUAAAACCAGAAAACGUACUCGUUAGAGACGAAGGUCACAUCAUGCUCUCCGAUUUCGAUCUCUCCCUCCAAUGCUCUGUCAGCCCAACCUUAGUCAAAUCCAACAACGGCUCCGGAGCCGGGAUUCUAGAAGAAGAAACCGCCGUACAAGGUUGUAUCCAACCAACCUCAACGUUUUUCCCACGAAUCCUAACUUCCAAGAAGAAUCGCAAAUCAAAAUCCGAUUUUGGUCUCUUCGUAGGCGGUUCUCUUCCCGAACUAAUGGCCGAGCCUACAAACGUAAGAUCAAUGUCAUUCGUCGGUACCCACGAGUAUCUAGCGCCGGAAAUAGUUCGAGGAGAAGGUCAUGGCAGCGCAGUUGAUUGGUGGACGUUUGGAAUUUUCCUUUACGAGCUUUUGCUUGGGACGACUCCUUUUAAAGGUGCGGGUAACCGGGCGACGCUUGUGAAUGUUGUCGGACAGCCGUUGAAGUUUCCUGAUUCGCCGCAGGUGAGUGCGAAUGCGAGAGAUUUGAUUAAAGGUCUGUUGGUUAAGGAACCGCAGAAAAGAAUCGCGUAUAGAAGAGGAGCGACGGAGAUUAAGCAACAUCCUUUUUUUGAAGGGGUGACUUGGGCGCUUGUGAGGAGCGCUGUGCCGCCGAUCGUGCCGGAGCCGGUUGAUUUUACGGUUUAUGCUAAUCGGGACGCUACUCAUGGAGAGAAGAACUUGCCGGAAAGUGGUGGAGGUGGUGGUGAGAAAAUUAAUGACUCUUCUUCUUCUUCAAAGCAAGAAGAAGAUUUUGAUUACUUUUAA